CCGCCCGCCUCUGACUGACUCGCGACUCCGCCGCCUGCCAGUUCGCCGGGCCCCUGCCGUCAGGCCGCCGGAUCCCGCCGCUGUCGGAGCCGCAGCGUUUCCCGACGCAUCUCCGAGCCACCCCCUCCCUCUCCCUCCCUCCUUCCCAUCCCCCUUUCUUUUCAAGCGUGAGACUCGUGAUCCUUCCGCCGCUUCCCUUCUUCAUUGACUCGGAAAAAAAAUCCCCGAGGAAAAUAUAAUAUUCAGAGUACUUAUUUUCAAUCAAGUAUCUGACCCCGUUUCACGUGAUAUAUAUAUUUUUAGGACCUCCCAACCAUUUCUCCCCUCCAAGGAAAGGGAGGGGAAAGAAUUGUAUUUUUUUCCCAGCUCCCGAUCAUCUAUAUGUUAAAUAUCCGUACUGAUCUGUCUUCAAGGAGAAAUACAUCGCUCGCUUUUUUAAAUAGCUGCACAAAAGGAGUGAAAAGCCAAGAGGACGAAGUCUUUUUCUUGUGGGAGAACUUAAUGCUGCAUUUAUCAUUAAUCUAACACCCCAACAUAAAACAAAAGGAAGAAAAGGAGGAAGGCAGGAAAAGAAGGUGAUUCGGAAAGAGAGUGAUCAUGUCAGGGCGGCCCAGAACCACCUCCUUUGCGGAGAGCUGCAAGCCAGUGCAGCAGCCUUCAGCUUUUGGCAGCAUGAAAGUUAGCAGAGACAAGGAUGGCAGCAAGGUGACCACAGUGGUGGCAACUCCUGGGCAGGGUCCAGACAGGCCACAAGAAGUCAGCUAUACAGACACUAAAGUGAUUGGGAAUGGGUCAUUUGGUGUGGUAUAUCAAGCCAAACUUUGUGAUUCAGGAGAACUGGUUGCCAUCAAGAAAGUAUUGCAGGACAAGAGAUUUAAGAACCGAGAGCUCCAAAUCAUGAGAAAGCUAGAUCACUGUAACAUAGUCCGAUUGCGUUAUUUCUUCUACUCAAGUGGUGAAAAGAAAGAUGAGGUCUAUCUUAAUCUGGUGCUGGACUAUGUUCCGGAAACAGUAUACAGAGUUGCCAGACACUAUAGUCGAGCCAAACAGACGCUCCCUGUGAUCUAUGUUAAGUUGUAUAUGUAUCAGCUGUUCCGAAGUUUAGCCUAUAUCCAUUCCUUUGGAAUCUGCCAUCGGGAUAUUAAACCACAGAACCUCUUGUUGGAUCCUGAUACAGCUGUCUUAAAACUCUGUGACUUUGGAAGUGCAAAGCAGCUGGUCCGAGGAGAACCCAAUGUUUCGUAUAUCUGUUCUCGGUACUAUAGGGCACCAGAGUUGAUCUUUGGAGCCACUGAUUAUACCUCUAGUAUAGAUGUAUGGUCUGCAGGCUGUGUGUUGGCUGAGCUGUUGCUAGGACAACCAAUAUUUCCAGGGGAUAGUGGUGUGGAUCAAUUGGUAGAAAUAAUCAAGGUCCUGGGGACACCAACAAGGGAGCAAAUUAGAGAAAUGAACCCAAACUACACAGAAUUCAAAUUCCCUCAAAUUAAGGCACAUCCUUGGACUAAGGAUUCGUCAGGAACAGGACAUUUCACCUCAGGAGUUCGGGUCUUCCGACCUCGAACUCCACCAGAGGCGAUUGCACUAUGUAGCCGUCUGCUGGAGUAUACCCCAACUGCCCGAUUGACACCACUGGAAGCUUGUGCACAUUCAUUUUUUGAUGAAUUACGGGACCCAAAUGUCAAACUACCAAAUGGGCGAGACACACCUGCACUCUUCAACUUCACCACUCAAGAACUGUCAAGUAAUCCACCUCUAGCUACCAUCCUUAUUCCUCCUCAUGCUCGGAUUCAAGCAGCUGCUUCAACCCCUUCAAAUACCACAGCAGCCUCAGAUGCUAAUGCUGGAGACCGUGGACAGACCAAUAACGCCGCUUCCGCAUCAGCUUCCAACUCCACCUGAACAGUCCCGAGCAGCCAGCUGCACAGGAAAAACCACCAGUUACUUGAGUGUCACUCAGCAACACUGGUCACAUUUGGAAAGAAAAUUAAAAAGAGAAAAAAAACCUGUUCAUUUUAGUGUUCAGUUUUUUUUAUUAUUAUUGUUGUUCUUAUUUAACCUUGUAAAAUAUCUAUAAAUACAAACCAAUUUCAUUGUAUUCUCACUUUGAGCGAGACCCAGGGGUUGGGAGGGGUCGUGGGGAGGGGAAAGCGGAGCACUAGAACACAGUCUCUCUCCCACGACAAUCUUUUUUUUUAUCAAAAGUCUGCUGUUGUAUACUUUAAAAACAGGACUCCUGCCUCAUGCCCCUUCCACAAAAGAAGAAAACUUUGUUCUAUGCGGAAGUUUUUUUGAACUUUGUUUUCUUUUAAAGUCAAGUGUAAGACUUGGGUAUAGUGCACAGCUUGAAAUUGGUUGGGAGCUUAGCAGGUGUAACUCAAUGGGGACUUAAAUGUCACUUGUAAAAUUAAUCCAUAUCCUCGGGUACUUGAAGACAUGCCUUUGGCAUGUUGAUGGCAGGUGUGGCAGACAAAAAAGGAAAUGUGUGUCAUUUGUAACCCGGGAGGUCAAUAAAGUUUGAAUCUAUAAGGGGAAAAUUCUUAAUUGAUUUGUUAAGGUUUUAUUUUGCUCUUAAUCAGUGCUAGUGGUGAAGAAACUUACGUAGGCAGCUGUCAAAGGAGGAGCAUGUGUGCUCUGUGUGUGGAUCUUUGUUUGCCUGACCAAAGGUUCUCUAUAAAUCUUAGUACAGUUUUAAUCUAGUGACCUAGGAGGAGACUAAAAAGGGUGCUGAGCUGGCCCCUCUGACUGCAGAGGUCAAAAGCUGACGAACCUGGAGGAAGGGGACAGGCCAGGGGCAGGUCUCACCACUGUGGAUGCAUUUGUCCAGAUUUUUUCUAAAGUUGCUUCCCUUGGAAAGAUACACUUGAGAGGACAUCAUAGUUAAAUAAUGUGAACUAUAACAGUCUACUGGUUUAUUUUUCAUAUUUUUUAAUUGCAAAAUGAGCUUGCAGAAAGUGCCACAUUCUGCAUAUAGUUCUGAUUUUAAAUCCAAAUCUAGAAUCUGUAUUUAAUUUCAGCCUUUUUAACCUCAUGCUUUUUAAAUUUUAUUUAUUGAUGCAUGUGAGAUAGACCAUUAUGAUUUUAGAUGGUAGGAAUAUUAAAAACUACACAUCAAAAUGAUAUAAACAGUCACUUGUACCUGCUGACUUUAUAGGAAAGCUGAUUAUAUAAAUGUGUGUAUAUAUGUUAUAUACAUAGAUUCAAUACUGCUUUUUGUUUUGGGGGUUUUUUUUGUUUGUUUGUUUGUUUUUUUGUUUUUGUCCACUAUCAAAAUUGACUGGUUGAAGCAUGAGAAGAAUGUUUCCCCCCAAACCCAGUUAAGAAUUUUUGUUUCUGUUUUUCUUUGUAUAAUCAGUGAACAGUGUAAGAAUCAGUCUCUGUUUUUGAAGAAAAAGCAAUAUUCCUUGGAAAGCAAGGAGAAUUGAAGGAUUAUGUUGGCAGUGAGGAAAUAGAUUUUCACAGCUAGUUUGGUUUAUAUGUUUAAGGUAGACAUCUAUGCGGGCCUUAUAUACUCUAAAAUGAACCUUAGUCACCUUGGUGCUUAUGGGCCAUUACUUGACCUAAUGAAUCUUUAAGGCACAAUCAGUUGUACUUUACAUUUAAAGAUCACUUGAGUGAUGGCCGCCUUUCCCGCCUACCUUCCUUCAUUCCCCAUACACCUUCCAAGGUUAGCUGAUAACUGUAGGGCUGCAGAGCUGAGCCCCAGAUUGUGUGUAACCUCCCUUCACCCUCCUUGUUGCCACCUUAGGACAUGUUAGGGGUCUUGCCCUCCAGGUGAUUUGGAAGUGGAGUGUCUUGGCAGCCCUCAUGCAGGUCCCGGCACCCUGUCCUGCUUCUUAACAAAGUGUGUGUGACUCUCCAAGAGAGUCGUACUGCCUGCUGACAUGAACCAGUACCCAGAAAGACAACGGUGAGCCAUCUUAGUUUUCACUCACUGUCUAGCUAAGCUCUUAAGCCACAGAAGCGUUUCUCAAACCUCUGGUUAUAUCAGAGUUCGUGAGAAAGGAAACACACUCAGUCAAACCAAAUCAAAUUGAAUUUUACUUUGCAUAAUGAGCUUCCGAGAGCAAAUUAAGAUUUGAAAGAAGUCUGAAUCAAAGUAUUUGGCAGCAUAAUUCCUAAAGGGAAUGGCUUUGAUAGACCAUUUUCAGAAAAGAUUUAUAAAGAAGCUGGACGGCAGGUCUGUGACACAGGAAUGGACCUACUUUCAGACCAAACUGCCCAGCCAAACAUUUGGACACAGACACUACUCUGGACUUGGUAUACUUGCUAGAGUCCAUAAAAAUCUGUGCUUGUUUUAGGAAACACUUUCCCCCCACAAAUGGGGUAAGAGAAGAAGAGAGAAAAGUCAAAUGCUUUUCUCUUAUUUUAUUGUGUGUAUGUGUGUGUGAGGGCUGAGGUGCAUGAUUUUUCUUUCUCAAGGAUUAUGGCGGGAUCACAGAACUCUUUUAUACAAGUGAGAUCCAGGUCUCUGAAUAUCUUUUUGUAAAUAAUAAUAAUAAUAAUAAUAAUAAUAAAAGCUCCUCACCAAAUUCAAGCUUGUACAUUAUAUUUUCUUUCACUGUUUUUAAAUUUAAGUUUUAUUGUUUUGUAUGUAAAUAUGUGGACCCAGGAACUGUUAUUAAUGAGCAAAAAGUUACUGUUCAGGGCAGUGAUUCUGUUUAAUAAUCAGACAAAUUGUAGACGAGCUUUUUAAAGCCAUAUAGUUUUAACUCUGUACAGUAGGUACCGGCCUGUAUUAUUGUAACAAUAACUCUAGCAAUGUAUAGUGUAUCUAUAUAGUUUGGAGUGCCUUCACUUCCAUGUGUUUGUUUUUUUUGUUUUUCAUUUUGGAAGUUUUAAUUGGUUUCUCUAUCCAUGUCUCCCUGUCCCGCCCCUUUCCCUUUGAAAUAAUAGCUCACUCAUAACACAGUAUCUUUGCCCCUUCCACAGUUAAUUUCAGUGAUACCAUGCUCAGGAGUGGAAAGAGGAAACCAUGUUCAUAAUCUCAUUUCAUUUAAGCCCUGUCUUUGAUUUGGUUCUGAACAUCUGUUUCCUCCUCAGUUGCAGCGACCAGUUUCAUUUCACUCGGUCCAUCCAGGGACUUAGUGUAGUGCCAGGGAGCCCUAGAGCUGGAGGAUAUUGAAUAGAUUAGAUUUUGCUCGUCUCUGUCCCCAAGCCCUAACCAUGGGUCUUACAAACAGCAGAUUCUGGGAGACUUCCACCCUCUCUCUCUCUCUCUCCUUGUCUACUUCCCUCCCAAAUGAGAGAAAGGAAUAGAGAGAGAAUUAGAUUUAUAAAUCAAAGUUUCUUAAUGUAUCAGUUUUGAUACAAGAGUGGUCUAAAAUGCUGUGGUGCAAUUACUAGUGGCUGCUGCACGAUUGCCGCUCGCAUGAUGAGGACUGUUGUUUUCGCAAGGGAACUUUCCUCCCUCCUGCCACCUCUACCCCUGUUCAAUGAAAUGUCAUUUUAAUUUAUCUUUGAAAAAAAUCAGUUUAAUUCUUACUGUGUGCACAUCAUGAAGGCCUUUUUCGAAAGAAAAAAAAUCAAAAUUGUUUUGCCUCCAAGUACUCCAUAUGUCUUGAGUAGAAGAAAAAAACAAACUUUACCAAACCAAAGGUUGCUAUUUUUGAAAUAUCACGUGUUCAUUCCAGCAAGGCAGAAGACUGCACCUUCUUUCCAGCAACAUGCUGUGUCCUUUUUUUUUCUUAAGUCCUCUUAAUUUUUAGACACGUAUUUUUGAUUUGUGUUUUAACAAAGCCUGCCUAACCAGUCAUCUUGUCUGCACCAAUGCAAAGGUUUCUGAGAGGACUAUUGUAUUCUCUAUCCCUGUGGAUAUAAAGACACUGGCAUUUCAUUUCUUUUUCCGUUUCCUUUUUAAGAGAUUUAACUUUGGAAUCUUCCAAAGGAAGUUUGGCCAAUGCCAGAUUCCCAGAAGUUUGGGGAUUUUUCUUUGUUUUAAACCAAAA